AUGCGCCCCCAGGGGCAGAGGCCCGGCCUGUGCCUGUUCUGCACCUUGAUAUCAACUCCGACCCAGUCUCGCGCCCUCCCUCAAAUCUGGACAGACAAGACCUCGCCACUCUCUGAUAUACGACAUGCCUCCAUCUCGUUGGGAGCUCGGCGCUAUAGAUCGUCGACAGCAGAGAAACGUCGUCCAACGCGGACGCCUGAGAGGUCUGGAAGGUCUGAGAGGCCUGUACUAGUCGCCCCUGGCAAGAGCUUCAUAAAGCUGGCUAUACCACCUACUGGGGUAUCACAGGUUCUGGGUCACCGUCUGUCCGGUCUACAACAGAGCACUAAGUCAUUCCAGGGCAUCGCGCGAAGAACUCCCUAUGGCUUCACCCCCUCGUGGCGAUUUGGCGCCGAUAACCCCCUUCAUUUCAAAAAGAGAGUUGAGAACGCGCUCUCUACGAUACAAGAGGAGCUGAGUGAGCCCUUGUUGCUAGACAGCCUUGAACUUGACAAAACAACGUUCUCAAAGAUUUGGUCCGUGUUCCAAAAGCACAUCUUAUCCCUGGACAAAGCCACGAGCAAAGAGCGCAAGGAGGAAUGGGAUGCGUUGCAGAACAUUCAGGGCGGGAAUCGUGCCCUUUUGGAUCGCUUGAAGUAUGCCUUCUAUGGGCAUAUGGUCGGUUCCAAAUUCACCAAAGCGGAGCUAUCAAACCAGAAACAGCUGGCAGAUCUAAGGUUCCCCCCGGAAUGGUUUCCGACUACUAGACAGAUGCGGCGCACAAUCCAUCUCCAUGUCGGGCCAACAAACUCUGGUAAAACGUACCACGCCUUACAACGACUUGAACAGGCUACCUCCGGCGUUUACGCAGGACCUCUACGGCUGUUAGCUCACGAGAUAUACACACGCCUAAAUGCCAAGGGCAAAACUUGCGGCCUGGUCACCGGAGAAGAAAGAAGAAUACCGGAGACAACAGGCGAGCGAGUGAAGAUGUGGAGUUGCACUGUGGAAAUGGCGCCCCUGAAUAUACAGAUGGAUGUCGCCGUGAUAGACGAGAUUCAGAUGAUUAAUAGCCCGGAACGUGGUUGGGCAUGGACACAGGCUUACCUAGGCGUUCAAGCAAAAGAAGUCCAUCUAUGCGGCGAAGAACGGACAGUGCCCUUGAUCAAAGAACUGGCCGCUUCCAUUGGGGACAGACUCGUCAUCCACGAGUAUAAACGUCUAAGUCCGCUAGAAAUGAUGCAUAGGAGUCUAAACGGAGAUCUGAAAAAGCUCGAGAAAGGAGACUGUGUCGUCUCUUUCAGCGUCAUGGGCAUUCACGCUCUGCGAAAACAGAUCGAAAAGCAAACGGGGAGGAAAGUGGCCAUCAUCUACGGCAGUCUACCUCCAGAGACAAGAGCCCAGCAGGCGAAGCUCUUCAAUGACCCUGAUAAUGACUAUGAUUACCUGGUUGCCAGUGAUGCUGUUGGAAUGGGCUUGAAUUUGAGUAUCAAACGAGUCAUUUUUGAAGCUGCUUCUAAGCACAACGGGGUUAGUCACGUUCCUCUGAAGAUUGCGGAGGUCAAGCAGAUCGGCGGUCGAGCUGGCCGAUAUCGAACUGCACACCAAGCUACUGUAGAAGACACGGCCUCACUUCAGAAGCCGGAUGGCUCUGCCACAAAUGUCGAUUCGAACGAUGCGUCCGCUCUAAGCGUGAUUGAAGGCCGAAAAGAGACUCCGCAAAGCCAACAAACCGUCGGCUAUGUAACAACUCUAGAAGCGUUUGACCAUCGAGCUGUGGAGUACGCGAUGAACGCUGAAGCCGAACCCAUUACUACUGCGGGAAUCUUUCCACCCGCCCUCAUAAUCGAGCGUUUCGCAAGUUACUUCCCUCCUGGAACCCCAUUCAGCUACGUCCUUCUUCGCCUCAACGAAAUCUCACGCAUCCACCCACGAUACCAACUCUGCGCUCUGAAAGACGCGCUCCGUAUCGCAGACGCUAUCCAGCCAGUCAAAACUCUCACUAUCGCAGACCGUAUUAUCUUAAUCGCUGCACCGUGUGGUAUGCGCGACCCGCUCCAGCGUGAGAUGAUCCUCGAAUUUGCGAAACGCAUUGGCGAACAAAGAACAGCGCCGCUCCUCGAUAUCACACAGUUCAACUUUGAUCUGCUGGACCAAGAGCCAACUGGCAAGCGAGAGUACCUUGCUGCUCUCGAGAGCUUCCACAAGGGGCUUGUGUUGUAUCUCUGGUUAUCGUUCAGGUUUACCGGGGUGUUUACGCAAAGGGCUUUGGCAGAAAAGACAAAGAGCUUGGUUGAGAAGGCAAUUGAGCAUACGCUCUCGGAGUUCAGCUUCACGGAAGAGAGGCGUAAUGCAAUUACUAGCAAACGACAGGAACAACUGCUCCGGCAGUUGAAGAUCCAGUACCAAGGAACUGGCCGAGGCGAGGGCAAGGAAGCUCAGGAGGAGGAUGUUCAAGAGGAGCAACAUUCCGAAGAGGAUGCUCUAAAGGAGGGUACUGAAUCCCAAGAGGAGCCAGAUCUCCAAGAAGAUGCUGUGCAGCAAAACUCCUUACAGGAGGGUACUUUACAGGAGAGCGCUGUGCAGGAGAAUGCUGUGCAGGAGAAUGCUGAAAAUCAGCCUGAGCCAGAACAAGACGUUGACAACGAACCGCCAGAUGUCAGGGACAUCAUCACAGACGAGACGUCCUUCAGGGAGGACACAUCCAGCACUAGAGACGACUAUGGAGAAUACCCAUCUCCGGAGCUUGAGUCGAUCAAGCAACAUCCACAUCCCCACGCGAGUUAG